GGCUGUUGCCGAGGGGACGGGCCAGGCAGAUGCCAACAUGGCAGCUGUUGGGUCUGGUGGUUCCACCGCGACGGCCGGGCCAGGGGCUGUCUCCGCAGGGGCGUUGGAGCCUGGGGCCACGACUGCGGGUGAGACAGCUCACCGGCGCCUCAAAUACAUAUCCCUAGCCGUGCUGGUGGUCCAGAAUGCUUCCCUCAUCCUCAGCAUCCGCUACGCCCGCACAUUGCCUGGGGACCGCUUCUUUGCCACCACUGCUGUGGUCAUGGCUGAAGUGCUCAAAGGUCUCACCUGCCUGCUGCUGCUCUUCGCACAGAAGAGGGGUAACGUGAAGCACCUGGUUCUUUUCCUCCAUGAGGCUGUCCUGGUGCAGUACAUGGACACACUCAAGCUUGCAGUGCCCUCUCUCAUCUAUACCUUGCAGAAUAACCUCCAGUAUGUUGCCAUCUCCAACCUGCCAGCUGCCACUUUCCAGGUGACGUACCAGCUGAAGAUCCUGACCACAGCACUGUUCUCCGUGCUCAUGCUGAACCGCAGCCUCUCCCGGCUGCAGUGGGCCUCCCUGCUGCUCCUCUUCACUGGCGUCGCCAUUGUCCAGGCACAGCAAGCUGGCAGUGGGGGUCCGCGGCCACUGGAUCAGAACCCUGGGGUGGGCCUCGCGGCUGUGGUGGCUUCUUGUCUCUCCUCAGGCUUUGCAGGUGUCUACUUUGAGAAGAUCCUCAAAGGCAGCUCAGGCUCCGUGUGGCUGCGCAAUCUGCAGCUGGGCCUCUUCGGCACAGCCCUGGGCCUGGUGGGGCUCUGGUGGACUGAGGGCACAGCUGUAGCCCGCCGUGGCUUCUUUUUUGGGUAUACACCUGCUGUCUGGGGCGUGGUGCUCAACCAGGCCUUUGGUGGGCUCCUGGUGGCUGUUGUCGUCAAGUAUGCUGACAAUAUCCUCAAGGGCUUUGCCACCUCCUUGUCCAUUGUGCUGUCCACUGUUGCCUCCAUCCGCCUCUUUGGCUUCCAUGUGGACCCAUUGUUUGCCCUGGGCGCGGGGCUGGUCAUCGGUGCCGUCUACCUCUACAGCCUGCCCCGAGGUGCAGCCAAAGCCAUAGCUUCUGCCUCUGCCCCUGCCUCCGGGCCCUGCACUCACCAGCAGCCUCCCGGGCAGCCACCGCCACCACAGCUGUCUUCCCACCAUGGAGACCUCAGCACGGAGCCCUUUCUGCCAAAGUCAGUGCUGGUGAAGUGAGGGCUGGUGGCAGCGAGGGGGGGAGACAGGGAGGGACUCUGGGUGGAGGGUGUUGGGCAUCUGCAGGAUUCAAGUUGCCACUGGGGCCUGGCUCCUCUGGGGUUGGAAGGGUCUUUUCUUCCAGGUCACUGAAAUUUCCAGAAGGGUGUGGGACUAGGGCAGGGCAUCACAUGAACCCUUCCGUGUAGCCAGGGGUUUUUAGAGCUGCCUCCUCUGCCCCAGUCUAACCCCUCAGCCAGAGGUGUCCUGUCUCUCAAGCCUGGGAGAGUCCCAGCAAUCCCUCCACAUUUGUAGGGACAAACUGGACAAAAAUUCUUCAGCUCUUUAGUAGUGACUGAUGCCUACCUGUGGGGUUCUGAUUCCCAGAGCUCGAGGCCUUCUCUCCUCCCUGGCAACUACACUGGAUCAUGUUAGCAGCUCAGUCUUUUUGUGGCCUUGGGGCAGCUUCCCUGACACAGGGACUUGAAAAAGGGCCUUUUAUGAGCACCUAGGGAGAGAGGAAGGGGGAUGAGAGCUGAGAUUUUUGCAUCAGCCCACUCAGGGGGAGGGUGCAGUAGGAGCCAUUGGUUUGUAAGUGGUUUGGGGGUUUGUGGUGUAAUCAGAUGAAUGAUCCAGGGUGUGGGAAAAAAAGAAGGGAGGUCCUUGAAGUGGCCUAGUCUCAUGGAAUCUAAGACACUGUAAGCUGAUGGAUGUAGGGUUAUUUUCUGAGACAUCUGGAGAGGAAAAUAAAGCUGCCAACCACAAUUGUGAUACCCCACUGGCUGUAUGAGGCACCCUUACUUCAUGUGGAAGGGUGUCUUUAAAUUGCUGACAUGUGGAACCUGCCCCCCUGCACUCCCCAAAGCUUAUUAACCCCUUAACUGUCUCCCAGGGUGUGUGGGGAGUAUGUGUGUGCAUCUGUUUGUGAGUGCGUGCGUGUGCUUGCACAUGAGAGAUGCCUGGGCUGUCUUUGCUAUAUGUACAUAGGGCCAUUGGAUCUUUAUUUUUGAUUAAUUUGUUCUGAUUUUUUGGUUUGUUUUUUAAGGGACUGUAAUGAACAAUGUCAGGAUACCCAAUGCCAAAUAAAGAUAUUGUAUUUAUUUA